AUGAACCACCGAACCAGCCAUUCAUCAUCUGGAUCACUCAUAGGAGUAAGCUAUACUGGAAUUCUUUAUCCUCGGGCUUCCGGCCACAGGUCUCCAGUAGAUAUUAGGAAUUAUCGUAGGUUCCCCGGUAAAGGUUCAUGCAUUCCACAACAUGAUGGGAACUACAAAUCCCCUGGUGUCCGUAGACAAGGCAAAAGAGUCUCCUUUGCCAGUGACUAUUCUGGGACUGUCAGUCAUGGAACCGGGAGUCUACAUGAGGGUCACAGAAACAAUCAAACAACUUCUGGAGGCCACCAUGGUUGGACUAAUCCAACCUUGAUUGGUAUCAACGAGAAGGAAACCAUGCAGUAUCUGAAUGAGCGGCUUGCUGCGUACCUGGGAAAAGUACGUUCCCUUGAACAGAAGAACGGUGAGCUAGAAGAGAAUAUCUCUGAGUGGUAUUCAAACAAUGCUCCUCGAUCUCUCCCCGACUCCAGCCACUAUUUAAGAACUAUUCAGGAACUCCAAAACCAGGUCUCUGACGCCAGGAUGGGUAAUGCAAGGAUUUUACUGCAGAUUGAUAAUGCACAACUUGCUGCAGAAGACUUGAAAUGCAAGUAUGAGAUGGAGAUGAGCCUGAGGAACAGUGCUGACGCAGACUUGGUUGCCCUUCGUAGAGGCCUAGAACAGCUUAAUUCACAGAAGCAAGACCUAGAGAUUCAAGUAAAAUACAUCCAGGAAGAACUUCUCCAAAUAAAUAGCAACCAUGAACAGGAGGUGACCACUCUGCGUGGUCAGCUUGGAGCCAGAAUCACAGUAGAGAUGGAAGCCGCUCCAUCCAUAGACCUCAACAAAGUCCUGUCUGAAGUCAGACAAGAAUAUGAAAACCUGAUGGAGAAGAAUCUAAAGGAGGUUGCAGCCAUCUUCCACCAGAGGACUGCAGAACUGGACAUUGGGGAGUCUUCUGGAGCUGACCAGCUGGUGUCAGUCAACAAUGACGUCAUAGAUCUGAGACUCUCAGUAGAGACACUGGAGAUUGAGUUUCAAAGUCAGAAAAAUAUGAAAUCAGCAUUGGAGGAAACAUUGGCUGAGACAGAAGCCUCAUUUGGUUCCCAGCUUUCUCACCUGCAAAGUCUGAUUGAUAAAGUUGAGUCACAGUUGGGGCAGUACAGACCUGCCCUCGAGCAACUCAAUAAUGAGUAUCGCAUCCUCAUGGAUCAGAAAACCCAUCUAGAGAAGGAGAUUGCUACAUACAAACAGCUUCUAGAUGACAUUGAUUCACAGUAA